CGCCUACCCCUCCGACUCCGGACACACUUUCCCUCCCGCCGCCGCCCCAGCCCUCCUGCCGCCCGCACGAAGGUCCCGAGGAGCGCAGAGGGUAUUCCUGACCAUGGGGACAGCCGACAGUGGUGAGAUGGCCCCCGAGACCCCACAGCCCACCCACAUUGAUGUGCACAUCCACCAGGAAUCUGCCCUGGCCAAGCUCCUGCUGACCUGCUGCUCUGCGCUGCGGCCCCCAGCCACCCAGGCCAGGGGCAGCAACCGGCUGCUGGUGGCCUCAUGGGUGGUGCAGAUCGUGCUGGGGAUCUUGAGUGGGGUCCUCGGAGGAUUUCUGUACAUGCGCAGGUUCACCCUCCUGGUCAGCUCGGGAGCUGCCAUCUGGACAGGGGCAGUGGCUGUGCUGGCUGGAGUUACUGCCUUCAUUUACGAGACACGGGGUGGUACCUACUGGUCUCUGCUGAGAAGUCUGCUAGAGCUGGCAGCUUUCUCCACAGCCAUUGCUGCCCUCGAGCUUUGGAACAAAGAUUUCCAAUACGGCUACUAUUAUGGCGACAGUUUGUGCCACAUCUCUACCUUCAGUAACUGGUACAACACCCCAGCCCCCACUGACAGUCCAGAAGAAGUCAGAAGGCUCCAACUGUGUACCUCCCUCCUGGACAUGCUGAAGGCCUUCUUUAUUACCCUUCAGGCCAUGCUCUUGGCUGUCUGGAUUCUGCUGCUUCUGGCAUCUCUGGCCCCUCUGGGGCUGUACUGCUGGAGAAUAUUCUCAGCCAUAAAGAAAAGAGACAAGAAGGAGAUGUUGGAAUGAGUGGAAUCUAGCCAUGCGUCUCCUGAUAAUAGCACCUGGUGCGCCUGCACUGGGCAUCCCUGCAUCUGACUGCUGGAAGAAGAACCCGACUGGGGAAAAGAGACUCUCCAACAGCCCCAGUUAUCCUGCCCCUAGGACCACGGCCACAGCCCUGCUCCAGCAGCGCUUGCCCAUUCCUUGCACCCCUUCCCCAUCCUGCUCUGCUUCAUGCCCCCUCCUAAGCAGUCAUGUGAUAAUAAACUCUCACAUUAUCAUGCCCAGGUU